AUGAUAGGGUUUAAACCUGGGGGAGGCAGCGACAUACCUUCCCUAGGGGUAAAUACUUCAAGUUCUCAAGUUUUAUAUAACGGAAGUGUUGAAGUUCCUACGAGUAGACAAAAGGCAAUUCAAGCUGUUGAAUACUAUAACAGUAAUAUUGGUAAAGCAAGGUGCUUUUAUAACGAUCGGUAUAAUUACCAGUUUUCUUCUUCUAAAAACGUAUGUCGUCAAUUAUCGUCUCAAGAUGCCUUGCAUCGCAGUAAUUCUAGCUUGGAACUUAUGCACGAUCCAGGAAACCAUAUAGAAUCUUCGUUAAGGAGAGAAUAUGGAAGUCACGGGUCUAUUGACAUCAUCGGAAAUGGUUCUUUAUCUGCAGGAGAAAGCUUUUUUGCUAUGCUCCAAGAUUACCGUCCAGUAGUGUUAAAUGCUGAUCAAAGAUCUCCUGGUCCAGCUGAAUUUCUUAAGCACAAAAUUGAUCCAGCUCCAUCUUCAGAAAACGCGGUUAAUUCUUUGGCGGAUGAAACGGACGGGGGUCGAGUUCACGGUAACACGAGCCCAAAACUCAAAAUUAAAUUACACAAAUUUUGGGGUCGCGAUGGUAAAAUGAUUCGUAACGGGGAAGAAAAAACUGAGUUGGUAAAUCACAAUGAAUCUGAUGAGAGGCAAAGGCGGCGAAUUUUCGCACAUUACGAUUGUCAAAGUCUAACAGCAAAUUUAGGAUAUGCUGCAAAAUUAAGGGGACUGUUGCUGGCCAGACGAAGAAAUACUACAACAGGAGCAAGUGCAGCUUCUAUGCUGGCAGGACGAUCUGCCACACCAGAUGGUGAUAGUGGAGAUGAAGAUUCUGGUGAUGGCACCAGUAACGAUCUUCUUGAAAGUUGCCCUUAUUUUAGAAACGAAAUCGGAGGAGAAGAAGAACGAAUCGUGUCCCUCACCAGAUUGCACGUCAGUAAUUUAACCCAACGUGAACAAAAAAAGCCUUUACACAGACCUUUACUUUCUUGUGGAGUUUCUAUACUUGAAUUUCCUCCUGGAGAAACACAUUGGAAAAAUGGAACGUGUCCCUACGAACCUCAAGUUACCACUAUUGAAAAUAUUGACCACGGGGCCUUAUUUUACAGAAAAUAUUUUUAUGGUCAAGAUCAUCAAAAUUGGUUUGGACUUGAUGAAAAUUUGGGUCCGGUUGCUAUUAGUGUAAAAAAAGAAAAAAUAGAAAAAUUUAACGGUGAUUCCACGAAUAAUUUUUCUUAUCUGUAUCGGUUGGUCAUAAGAACGAGUGAGUUAAUGACCUUACGAGGUUCAGUAUUAGAAGAUAGCAUACCAAAUUUAAAGUCUUCUAACAAUCUCAAAAAUUACAACACCAAAGAAGUUUUAGAAUACAUAGCUCCAGAAAUAACAAUGUCAAGUCUUCGCAUGGGAAUCCAGUCUAAUCAAACGGAAGAACAACUUCUCAAAUUAGACGAACAGGGAUUAAGCACAAAUUUUAAAGUGGGUAUAAUGUACUGUUUGGCCGGUCAAUCCUCUGAAGAAGACAUGUAUAACAACGAAGAAGCGGGUCCUGCCUUUUUAGAAUUUUUAGACACAAUUGGCCAAAGGGUUCGAUUAAAGGGUUUUGACAAAUAUCGUGCCGGAUUGGAUAAUAAAACGGAUUCCACCGGUCUUUACUCCGUUUUUGCUCAUUAUCAAGACUGUGAAAUUAUGUUUCAUGUUUCGACACUUUUACCAUUCACGGCAAAUAAUCGUCAGCAACUUCUCAGGAAAAGACAUAUUGGGAAUGACAUUGUAACAAUUGUUUUUCAAGAACCCGGAGCCCAACCUUUUACUCCAAAAAGUAUUAGAUCCCAAUUUCAGCACGUUUUUAUUGUUGUGAGAGCGAUUAAUCCGUGUACUGAAAAUGCCCAGUACAGCGUUGCCGUGAGCCGUUCAAGAGAAGUACCCGUUUUCGGACCUCCCAUUCAUCGGGGAGCAACAUUUGCAAAAGGAAAGGCUUUUGCCGAUUUUUUAUUAGCAAAAGUUAUUAACGCCGAAAUUGCAGCUCACAGAUCAGAAAAAUUUUCAACAAUGGCCACAAGAACGCGACAGGAAUACCUCAAGGACUUAGCUACUAAUUACGUUACAUCCACUCUUGUGGAAAGUUCUCAAAAAUUUUCUAUGUUGUCCUUCAGCAGCAAGAAAAAAGAACGUUCGAGGCCAAGGUUUCAAACUGAUGUUAUUCAAAGAGGAGCUUUUAGUUGGCAAGUUGUUUUAGAAGAUAGUGGACAAUCUAAAAUGGUCGACUGUAUCCUCGGUAUUUCAACUGACAGUUUGGUUUUAAUAGAAGAAAGAUCGAGGGAAAUUGUUAUGGUGACGCCUUGCCAAGCCAUUUUGGGUUGGUUUUUACAUUCCAAUAGCAUUUGUAUUUAUCAUCAUCAAGGAGAGUGUACAAUGAUUCAUAUGCGAGAAGGAGGUGACAGAGAUGAACUCAUGGAAAUUUUGGUACGAUUACGCUCUGUGAGUUCAGGUUGCAUCGCUCAAGAAUUAUCGUUAAAAAGGAACUCGAUGGGUCAAUUAGGAUUCCACGUUCAACCGGAUGGUAUAGUUACUCAGGUAGAAAGUACUGGUUUAGCGUGGGCCGCAGGUCUCAGACAGGGCUGCAGAUUAGUUGAGAUAUGCAAAGUUGCCGUAUCUACUCUUACUCAUGAUCAAAUGGUUGACUUGUUGAAAACGUCAGCCUCAGUCAUGGUGACAGUUAUUCCUCCUAAUCCUGACGGUAGCCCGAGAAAAGGUUGUAAUUUACCAAAUUGCAAGUACACAAUGCUUAAUUACGAAGGAGAUUAUGAAAACCUCCAAGCCACAAAUGAUAAUUCUUCAAAGAUUAAUAGAAAAGUAGCUAGUUUGCAACAAGCGGGUAAUCAUAAAAAAAAAUAUGAAAGAAGUUUUUCACCUCCCAGGUCUAGUAAUAGUUCUGGAUACGGGACGGGAAGUAGUAGCAAAUCUUUUACAGAUAAUGAAACCAAACUUUCUCAGGCAGGUAUAAAAAAUAACUUGAUCAACACCGAUGAACGAUGGUAUGAAGAUUCUUUAGAUGUGGGUCAGGUGAGAAAUUCACCUCCACCAUUACCAGCCAGACACCAAUCUCAAUCAGGAAUUCAAAGAAAAGAAAAUGAUGAAGUAUUAAUUAUGGCAAAAAAGUGGGAAGAAAAAAAUUAUAGAGAUAAUAAUGGAGACAAACCACAAAAACUGUGGGCGUCUCACGGGAAAAAAUGGUCUCCCGAUAGCGAAAAUAUUCACACAAAGGUACAAACAAGCCAUUCUCUGCCCAUGAAUCACGGUGGUUAUUCAUUGCCAAUAGCCAGUAACUCUUCCAUACGGUAUGGUCUUGCAGAAGAAACUACUGGUGGAAUUUCUAAUCAUGAUUUCAAAGUUGGGGACAAGGUUACUUGUCUAAAAGUAAAUCACAUAAAUAGAAUACCAAAGAUGUCUGAUAGUUUACCUCCGGAUUGUAAUUUGGGAAGAACGGAUAUUCAUUCUACCGAUAAUAAAGUUACAGCGUCGACCGAAAAAUUCAAUGCCAUACUUAGCGAAGACGAAUUUUUGGCAAGUAGUGAAAAUUUAAAUUCGAGGGCCAUGAAAAUUAAAAACUUUCAUAGCUCAUUCACAUCAAACGUAAACAAUUCAAGAAAUCAAACUCCUCAUUUAGUCUCCAAAGAUAAUAGUGAAAUUAAAUUAAGACAAGGUGCAUCAAUUAGAUCUUUUUCAACAAAUAGAAACAGUGCGAAUUUAAAUUCCAACACGUUACAAGAAGAUUUAAUGAAACUCAUUAAUGUUGAUUGUCAAAAUGAUAAAACAGAGGCUCAGACAAAAGUUAUGAGCAAUAGAGAAAAUGGUGCGACAACAAAUGUUGGAAAAUCAUUUUGUAAUUCGCCUGGAAGUUGUUCGAACGUUUCAAAUUCUGUUUCAUCAGAUUCAUGCAAAUCAAAUUCGGGUGAAAGUAAAAAGAGAGAAGAACCAGAAAGUAAAAAUGAAGUAAUUUUAACAACGGCGAGACCAGCGACGGUAAUUUCAAAUGCAUCAACAACCAGCAGUCCACCGCCCAACGAUUUAAAACUCUCAAAGGAAGAAAGGUUGUCACCGAGAGUCACCAAAGUGUUUCAAAAUCCUUCCAAUCGGGUUCAACAUGCUCAAAAACAACAAUUAAAGACUUCAGUAACAGAAAAAUUACCCAUUCCCGUACCAGAUCCUGGAGAAAUGGAUUGGUCGAGUUUAGUGGAUACGGCAACGAGAGCCAUGCUGAGCGAAAAUGGAAAAAAUUCCGAAGGACUCACAAAUUGGACUGAAGGAGAACAAAUGAACAAUUUAUCAUUAGAUUCAAACGGAUCAGGAGUGAGAAGAGUGAACGACUUGGAAAAUCACGUGUCACAGUUGGAAACGAGAGUAGCAAGGGAAACAAGGAGAAGGCUUUCAUUGGAAGACGAAGUGAGAAGACUGAGAGAUGAAAAUCGGAGGCUGCAGGAAGAAUCACAAACGGCAGCGCAACAGUUGAGAAGAUUUACCGAAUGGUUUUUUCAAACAAUUGACAAACAAUAA